AGCUCUAGGCCAAUAUUUUGUAUAUCCCGUCGAUAAAUUGUCUCUUAUGGUUCAUCUUCCCCAAAGUUAUAAUGAAAAUGCAGAUGGGUUUUAUAUGUCUUGUUUGUUUUAUGAUGAUAAACAUUGGUGUUACUAGAGCAACUAUAUGUUACAAAUCAGGGAAUUUCACAACAAAUAGCACCUAUGAGAAGAACAGGAACAUGAUCCUCUCAUCUGUUGCUUCUAAUGUAACUCUACGUGAUGGUUUUUUUUAUACUGCAACUAUUGGCCAAGAGCCUGACAAAGUUUAUGCUCUUGCUCUUUGUAGAGGGGACUCUUUGUUAGAAGAGUGUGCUGAUUGUGUCAGUUCUUCAGCCAAAGAUAUUAUGAGGCAGUGUUUGAACCAGAAAGAAGCAGUGGCAUGGGGAGGGACUCCUCAGUGCAUUGUACGCUAUUCAAACCGUUCUAUUUUUGGAAUAAUGGAGCCGGAUCCUAUUGCUGGCGGUUGUGAAGGGAACAACAUUAAUACAACAGAUACAGCGCAGUUUAAUGAGACUUGGGUGAGUUUGAUGGAGGGCUUGGUGAUAAAUGCUUCUACUGGGUCCAAUCACCCUAGGCGUAAGUUUGCAACUGGAGACGAAAAUUUUUCAUACUUUAUGAAGAUAUAUGCAUUACUGCAGUGUACUCCAGAUAUUUCUCCAAGUGAUUGUGAAGAUUGUCUACGCCAAUCUAUAUAUUACCGAGAGGAUCAUGAUCAAGGGCAGACAGGUUGCCUCAUUAUGAGACCUAGCUGUAUUUAUAUGUGGGGUUUAGGUCCAUUUUAUAGAGACUCUCUUGAUGCUUCAUCACCAUCUCUUCCACCUUCUCCGCCAAAGAUAAUCCCAGAAAAGAAACGAGGCUUUACAUCUAGGAUUGUUAUAAUAAUUGUUCCUUCGGUAGUGGUUAUUUUUUUAGCCCUUGUUGCCUUCAUUUGUGUCCUUUUACAAAGAAGGAAGACAAAGCAGGCGAUAGGAAGUGAGGAGGAGGCAGAAGGUUCUUGUGAAAUUGAUAAUGUGGAUCCCUUGCAAUUUGACUUCAGCACUAUCAAAGCUGCAACAAAUGACUUUUCGAUUGAUAGUAAGCUGGGACAAGGGGGAUUCGGUGUUGUCUAUAAGGGUAGGCUUCUUGAUGGACAGGAUGUAGCUGUUAAGAGAUUGUCAAGAAAUUCUGGCCAAGGAGAAUUAGAAUUAAAAAAUGAGGUCCUUUUAGUGGCAAAGCUUCUUCAUAAGAAUCUUGUUAGACUUCUAGGUUUCUGUAUGAAAGGAAAUGAAAGGCUUCUAAUCUAUGAGUUAAUGCCCAAUUCAAGUCUAGACAACUUCAUAUUUGAUCCCAUAAAACGCUCAUCGUUGGAUUGGGAAACACGAUACAAAAUCAUUGGAGGUAUAACACGAGGAUUGCUUUAUCUUUUUGAAGAUUCAAGGUUACGGGUCAUUCACCGUGACCUCAAAGUUAGUAAUAUUCUUCUAGAUGCUAAUAUGAUUCCUAAAAUUGCAGAUUUUGGAAUGGCAAGAUUGUUCGAAAUGGAUCAAACUCAAGCCAAUACAAGUAGAAUUGUUGGCACCUUCGGAUAUAUGGCUCCAGAGUAUAUAAAACAUGGACACUUCUCAACUAAGUCUGACGUUUUUAGCUUCGGUGUGUUAGUCUUGGAAAUCAUUAGUGGUCAACAAAAUAGUUGUUUUCCUAACGAAGAGGAACCACAAGAUUUACUAACCUAUGCAUGGAGAAACUGGACUAGAGGGACAGCUUUAAAUAUGAUAGACUCCAGUCUGAGGGGUUGUUCUAGCGGUGAAAUGAUAAGAUGCAUCCACAUUGGGUUGCUUUGUGUACAAGAAAAAGUAGCCAAUAGACCUACAAUGUCUUCGGUUGUUCUUAUGUUGACUAGCCACUCUCAGUCUCUCCCAAUACCCUCAAAACCUGCAUUUUUUAUGCAAUCUAGCUCGGAUCUGGAUUAUUCAGAAUCUUCUAUGUUGGAUUACAGUGAAAAUGAUGCUCUAUUUUCGCUGAAUGGGGCUUCAAUUACUGAACUUGACCCUCGAUAAUGUUUGAAGAUGGAAAUUAUAUCUUUGAGGAUUGAAACCUGUAAAUGCAGUUAUAUAACAAUAGGAGCUUAGCCAAGUAUCAGUGUAAACUAUUUUUGUGUCAUAUAUUAUAUGGUUUGAACU